GUACUUUAACUGAUUAAUGUAGUGAAAAUUCGUUUCAAAUUAAACAUGGUUAAAAUCUUGUAAUAUUUGGUAUAUUACAUUUAAGUUGAUAUAUAGUGUUUGUGCAAAAUAUUAUAUCUCAAUAUUUAUAAUAGAACUGUAUAUACAUGUUUUAUAUAUUGCGGAUAUAACAAAAUGCAAGUGUAUCUAUGAAACGAUUAUAAUACGGUUAUUACGACAAUCAAUGUGAUUAAACAGAGGUAGUCACCGUAUUUUUUUUAAAUUCAUUAAGAUUGAAUCAAUUAUUUAAUUUAAAAUAUACGUAUUAUUAUUAAGGCAAUAUAUAUAGUACUGAAUACUUUAUAUGUACGCUAAUUAGUGCAUUUAGGUUAAGGAUAUUAAUAAUUUUUCUAAUACUAUGUGAAAAUAUUUUGUUCGAAUUUUACACAAUUUAUUUAUUGUAUUAGAACGAUGAUCAGAACUGCUUGCGAUCCUACAAUAGAAAAACACUUUAAAGGUCAUGAAAAUACUAUCACAAGCUUAUGUUUCCAUCCUGAAACUACUCAAUUAGUAUCAAGUAGUUCAGACAAAAAUAUAAUAUUAUGGAAUUUGAAAGAGUCUGUGAGAGCUUACAGAUUCCUUGGGCAUAAAGAUGUAGUUUUUGAUGUCACUUAUGCACCAUCAGGCGAAGUCAUAGCUAGUGCUUCCAAAGAUAGAUCUGUUAGAAUUUGGGUACCUAAAAUAACAGGACAAUGCUUAGAUUUUAAAGCACAUUCAGGAUCUGUUAGAUCAGUACAAUUUAGUCCAGAUGGGGAAAAGUUACUUACUGCAUCAGAUGACAAAAGUGUUAAAUUAUGGAUGGUGUGUCAAAGAAGAUUUCUUAUGUCAUUUACAUGUCACACGAGCUGGGUCAGAUGUGCUAGAUUUUCUUCUGAUGGUAGACUUAUAGUCUCUUGUAGUGAUGAUAAAACAAUAAAAUUAUGGGAUGUCACAAGUGGACAAUGUAUUAGAACCUUUAAUGAUAUAAAAGCUUAUUCUACACAUGUGGAGUUUCACCCAAGUGGUUCUGUUAUUGGGUCAGCAAACAUAAUUGGCUGUGUGAAAUUAUAUGAUGUACGUACUGCUUCUUUAUAUCAACAUUAUGCAACUCAUAAAGAUUCAGUAAAUAUGAUAAAAUUUCACCCAAAAGGAAACUUCGUAUUAACUGCAUCUGAUGAUUCAACAAUGAAGGUUUUAGAUUUAUUAGAGGGUCGCCCAAUUUAUACACUUAAAGGUCAUGCAAAUGGUACUGGUGUAACAUCAGUAACAUUCUCUUCUAAUGGAGAAUUUUUUGCCUCUGGUGGUACAGAUCAUCAAUUAUUAACGUGGAAAACAAAUUUUGAUAAAGAUGAUGUUGCUAGAAAAAUGUCUCGGCAUUUAGUUUCACCUGUUAAAGAAUCAGAAUCAAAUAUGAAGGAAGAAAAAUCACAUAAAGAUGAUGAUAUAUCUGGAGGAGAGGAAGAAGUAGAAUCAUUACAUGAGAAAUUUGAUACUAUAAAUUUAAAAAAUGGAAGACUUCGUUGUGAAGUACCAGAUACUGGAGUAUUAGAUGGCAAUAUAGAAUAUAAAGUCAUAAAUAUGAGAAAUCAAAGACCUUUUCAAGAAGGGCGUAUUGUGAAUAUAUCACACUUAUCUAAAGAAUCACCUGGUACAUGUUCUAGUAAAAUAGUAGAUGCACUUAAUGAGCAAGUACAAUCAUUAAGUGAUGCUGUUACCAUUUUAGAACAACGUUUGUCAAUACUAGAAGAAGAAUUAAGAAAAUAACUUUUCUGUAUUUUAUUUAUAAAAUUAUUCAAUUAUAUAAUUGAAUAGUAAAUAUUUGUAAGAUGUAUAUUUAAAUUGUACUUAAUAUGUAUCUUUUAAGGUUAAUUAUU